AUGGUUGCAGAAGAAGAAUACAAAUUUUUUCUAGGAGAAUGCGAACUAGUUAAAAUAGACAUCAAUUGCCAUAUUCAAGGUGAUGCUGCUGCUUCCGUAGUAGCGGGUGAUAUCUCAAGCUUUGAGGAGGAGGGCCUUCCAGCGGAAGCAUUUGCAAAAGUUCAAGAGUUCUUCAGUUAUGUGGACUGUUUAGAUCCCAGGGCCGAUGCAUCACUAAAUGUGCUCCAACACAUGAGUGCAUCAAAUAUUGUCCACGAACUGUUGGAAAGUGGCUCUCAUGAGAGUGUUGAAACGAGUGGUCUGUUGCAGGAGACAAGUCCUAGAAAGCUUUGGGAGAAAAAGAAGCCUACGGUCUUGGAAAGUAAGGCUAAGAACUCCUUGUCUCUGUCCCCAGAGAUUCAGUCCAUGUCCAUGUCCUCACCUAAGCAAUCUCAUGGUACUUAUCUGAGUAGAAAGUCAACAAUAGUCUUCUGUAAAUCUGUGGAAGAUGCAUCUGUAGCCCAAACUUCUGGCAUAGAACGUCAGCUACAUUAUCACACCUUAUCUGAAAGUGCAGAAACCACCCAUCCGCCAGCUAUAUCUCCAGUCAUUACAGAUCUAACCUUGUCUGUUUCACACACAUCUGAAUCUCUAGAUGCCAAAAUUGUUUUGGUUUCACCCCCUACACCUCCACCUCCUCCUCCACCACCACAGCCUUCCUCAACUGAUGUUUCUACGAAACUUUUUCAUUCUCCAACUCCUCCACCACCUCCAACACUGCUGCCUCCUCAAGCACCUCCUUUGAAGGAGAAUCUAGCUGUUAGAGCUAUGCUGCCUCUGCUUCCGCCUCCAACCCCUCAUACCAUGCAAACUGCUGGUCCUACAAUUCCUGCCACUAGUUUAUUACUUAAUCCUCCUUCAGCUCCUGUAGUUACUUCAUCAAUUAGGCUGCCUCCUCCGAAUCCUCCACCCCCUCCAAUACCGCCACCUCCUCCAACACCUCUUUUGAAGGAACAUAUCGCUGUUAGAGCAGGACAUCCUCCACCACCACCCCCUCCUCAUUCUCAGCAGGUUGCAGGUCCUAGAGUUCCAUCUUUAGUGCCACCACCACCUCCUGCCCCCAUUUUUUCAUACAAGAACUCACUCCCUGCAUCACAAAAUUCUCCACCUGUCCCAUCCCCGCCCCCUCCACCAGCUCCUUUUCUUAAAGGUACAUCUAGGACUGGUGAUGGUCAUCCAGGAUCCCUUGCUCUAGAUGGCAAUGGAAAUAGUAUCUCUGGAAAGGGGCAAAUUCUUUCACGUACUAUAAGUGCCAAGAAUUAUCAUAACAAAAAACUGAAGCCAUUGCAUUGGUUGAAAUUAACAAGAGCAGCAUCAGGAACUCUUUGGGUGGAGGCACAAAAAUUGGGUGCAGCUUCAAAGGCUCCAGACAUUGACAUUUCAGAACUUGAGAAUCUUUUCUCAGCCUCAAUUCCAAGUUCAGAUCAUGUUAGGAACUCCCUCCCCCCUACAAGCGCAACCUUCCUUUCUGAUUCACCACCCCAAGGGUAUGAACAAUCCAUCGAAAAGGACUGUGUUAAGCCAAUUUGGUUGGGAGGUUUGGUCAGUGACUUGGUACUAGCAGUUGUCUCUGUGAUGGGGGAGGCUUUGCAGUACAGAGAUAUUGACCACCGGCAGGCAUAUAACUGUGAAAUCAUGCUUUCAAAGGUGAAAGUAUCAUUGCAUGACUUAGUGGGAGAAUGCGAACUAGUUAAAAUAGACAUCAAUCGCCAUAUUCAAGGUGAUGUUGUGGUGGAGUGUGUUAGCUUGAAUGAUGAAAUAGCACGUGAAGAGAUGAUGUUCCGAGAUGAAAUUGACAUAUUGUGGAAUGCUAAGGAUCAAUUUCCAAAGGACUUCAGAGCAGAGGUGAUAUCUCAAGCUUUGAGGAGGAGGGCCUUCCAGUGGAAGCAUUUGCAAAAGUUCAAGAGUUCUUCAGUUGAGGACUGA